AUGUCAUUAGUCCACCUUGCUAACUUGUGUGCACACUUAAAGAACUGUAAUAAUGUUCGUGUAGCAACCACAUCCAUCCCCUACACCAGAAUGCACUUGCAAACCGUGCUUGGCUUACACAAACAAGGGUUCAUAUCCGGAAUUAAACGAGGAUCGCUUAAUGGCCCAGAUGUGGAACCCACCGAAGUAACACCCGACAAUAUCUCCAGCAGAAGACUAUGGAUAGACUUGAAAUAUAGAAACAAUAGAUCGGUGAUUAGGGACAUCCAACUUAUUUCCAAGCCGGGAAAACGUGUCAAUUUGAGUCAAGAAGACGUUAAGGCAUUGGCCUCUGGUUUGCCAGUGAGAAAAAUCACACCGUUACAACCUGCCGAGGCUAUUUUCAUCAAGGCCGACAAUGAAAUUUACGAAGUUCACGAAGCAGCUCAAAGAAAUUUAAGCGGUCAAGCCUUGUUUAGAGUUAAGUAA